UGCCAUGCUUGCUUGUAUCUGCCCGACUUCCCUACAAUAGAGACCAAGGCCCAUACCAACACCAAGCUUUCAUCUCACAAAACAGAAUAUAAUAUCGACCAUGACUUCCAAAGUCUUCGCCUGGGCUCAAUUGCACCCAAUUUCCAGGCAGAAACCACUCAGGGUACGAUUGAUUUUCAUGAAUUCAUCGGAAAUAGUUGGGUCAUUCUCUUCUCCCACCCGGAAGACUACACUCCCAUCUGCACCACCGAACUCGGGGCCUUUGCCAAGCUUGAGCCAGAGUUCACCAAGCGCAAUGUCAAAUUAAUCGGACUAUCAGCCAACACGGUUGAAUCUCACGGUGGCUGGAUAAAAGAUAUUGAAGAGAUUUCAUGCUGCAAGUUGAACUUCCCCAUUAUUGGGGAUAAAGACAGAAAGAUUUCCUACGCAUAUGACAUGCUAGACCAUCAAGAUGUAACCAAUGUAGAUUCCAAGGGCAUCGCUUUCACCAUACGCUCUGUCUUUGUCAUAGACCCUAACAAAGUCAUCCGCCUCAUACUCUCAUAUCCCGCCUCUACGGGACGCAACACAGCGGAAAUUCUACGUGUAAUUGACUCUCUUCAAACUGGAGACCGCCACCGUAUUAACACUCCCAUCAAUUGGAUACCCGGUGAUGAUGUGGUAGUUCACCCAAGUCUUACGGACGAGGAGGCUCAGAGUCGCUUUCCAGAACUUCGUAUUGUAAAACCUUAUCUCCGUUUUACUCCGCUCCCACUUGAAAAGACUAGUGCUGCAAUCUGA